GCCCUAAUUUUGAUUUUUCAACCCCUCUGGAAAAUCAAAAUGAAAAAAAUAAAAUAAAACCAAAAUAACUCAACACGCAGAAAAAAAGUAAGCUUAUGUCGAGUGAGUGAUCGUGAAAUUGUAGUUCCUGGAACGAAGCCCAGGUGGAUUGUUCAUCGUAUUCUGCUAAUUCAGUGAGAGUUUGGAUCUCAAAAUGCCGGCAAGUCGGCAAUUUUCUCGAAUCAACACUUGGGAGCUGAAAUCACAGAUUGAAAACAAAGUUGGGCGUUCGAAAGCAGAAGUGUACUUUAGUCUUUUAAAGAAAUACUUGAGCCUUAAGAUCAGCAAAGUUGAGUUUCACAGACUUUGCAUUGGUACAAUAGGGAAAGAUAAUCUAAUUCUUCAUAAUCAACUCAUCAAAGCAAUUUUAAAAAAUGCAAGUCUCUCCACGACCCCCCCACCAAAAGUAAGCAAAGAAGCUGGCUCUUUCAGCGUUAAAGCUGCAAAUGGUUGCCAGAGAAGUAGCCUUCAGUCACUGUGCAAUGGAUUUCCCCAAUCACCUCGAAAGGGGAGGACCCCUAGUUAUCGAGAGCGCAAGUUCAGGGACCGUCUAAGCCCUCUCGGGCCAAAUGGGAAGAGCAAUAACGUUACAUGUGAAGAUCUAACAGCUAAAACUCUAGAACAACAGAGUGCAACCGAGUUGUUUUCUUUGGGUAGUAAACCCCCUUGCUCUGUUGAAGAUGGAGAAGAGGUUGAACAGGCUGCUGGAAGCCCGGGGAUCCAUAGCAGGAGUCCUCUUACAGCUCCUCUUGGCAUCCCAAGAAAUGCUAAGAAGACACAGAAACUACUCCUGAAAGUUUCACCAUCCCCAGCUUCCCUUGAUACUUGUUAUAACAAUUGCAAGCUACCUGAUACAAAUUCUCUUAUGAAGAGGCUGGAGCAAAAGUUGGAGGCUGAAGGAUUAAAGAUUUCAGAGGAUUGUGUAAACUUGAUGAAUAAUGGCCUUGAUGUUUACCUGAAGAGGUUGAUAAAGCCCUCUUUAGCAAAAGCUGGUUCAAGGUCUGAAAAUAAACAUGUAAACCAAGGACGUAGUCAAGCAAUGCCUGGAAUGAGAUUUGUAGAGGCCCCAACCCGGGUCUAUUCAGUGUCCAUGUUAGACUUCCGGGUUGCAAUGGAAAUGAACCCUUCGCUUCUUGGAGAAGAGUGGCCUACGAAGCUUGAGAAGAUUUGCUUGCACGAGUCAGAGAGCAAUACUGGGAGCUGAUCAAUGCGUUCUUCAGAUUCUUUCGCCGAGCAUAGGCUUGUAUUCAAGUGAGGAUGAUUCACAUAGAUAGCAAAACCAUUCUAACAGUUAUCUUGACAUUGCAACUUUGUUGAACAUUUCAAGUACAUAAUUAGUAUAAAGGCUUGGAGAUUUUUGAAACAAGGUUUCUUAGAUUGUAUAUAGGAUUGCAGAGCCGAUUCAACCCUGGGGUGGGAUACCGUGACAUGGUGAGGUAUAAACACAUGGAAACUGGAGUAUAUAGCUAUAACAAAUAGGUCAUUAGCCUUCUUUGAGAAAUCUUUUUAGCUUGUUUCUUCAUUUAUAUUUUCCUAUUUGUUAAUAAAUCUUGUCUUUGAAGUUCCCA